UUGCAUUGGUUUUUCUUCUCUUUACUCUUAUUCCCUGUGUUUCAGACAAGAUGACCAUCGCAGCUAUUGAUACUCUCUCCAGAUACGCGUCUCCGGUCAACCCAGGAGUGUUUCCCCAUCUGUGCCUUGUUCUCCUGGGUAUUGGCCUUUUCUUUACAGCUUGGUUCUUCGUUUAUGAGGUGACCUCUACGAAGUUUACCCGUGAGUUGAAGAAGGAGUUGAUGAUCUCCACCGUAGCGUCCAUCUUCAUGGGGUUCGGGACCCUGUUCCUCCUCCUCUGGGUCGGGAUCUUUAUCUGAUCCAUCAGGCUCAACAUCAAUCUUGCAUUUUAUAUUUGUCUCAAUCUUUGUUUUCAAUCCAACCCUGUUUGCAAGGAUUGGUGAUGUGAUUCUUGAGUUUUAAAGUUUUGUUUUUAGUUUUGUCGUUUUUCAGA